GAUUCACCAGAAGCUAUCCGCUGGAGCAACGGGUGCUCACAGUGCGCCGGUCGCCAAGACCAAGCGUGCAGCUUUGUUGCUUUGGUACCUUUUUGUCCUUCCCGCUCGCGUCUGCAAAAUCCCCGCCCGCCCCAAAGCCAAAAGCUCCGGCCACCAGCCACUCAACCUCACCUCUCCGCAUAAAACGCGCCCGCCAACACGCGCCGUACACCAAAUUCCCGCACAACUCGUAUUGAUUCGGCGCGUCUCUAGGCUUACUGCAAGAUGCCGGACGUCAAGCGCACGGUCAAACUCAUCACCACCCAGCGGCCCAUCGCGGAGCCGUCCCCCAUGGAGGGCUACCCGAUGCGGUCAUGGAGCAUAGAGAUCUGGCUGUUGGACGACAACGGCAGAGAGGUGGCAGCCAAUUGCUUCGAGAAGGCCGUCUACAACCUCCACCCAUCUUUCGACAAGAACAAGCAGACCUUCAAGAAGCCGCCGUUCCGCAUCGAGGAGAAAGGAUGGGGUGAGUUCGACAUGACCAUCGUCCUCACCGCCUUGCACAAGGGAGGCGACCACACUCUUGAGCACGACCUCAACUUCCAGGCCGAGCGGUACGAGGCAACGCACACAGUGACCUUCAGGAAUCCCCGACCAGAUCUUCUGGCGCUGCUCAAUGAGUCUGGCCCUGCCGGCGAUACGAACGGCGUGCGUGGCAAGGCCGACGCAGCGAAGAAGCGGAAGCGGGACAAGAACGUCGACAUGGAGAAGCUCGCCGAUGGCCUGCAAAAGCUCAGCGAAGAUGAUCUUCUUCAGGUGGUUACCAUGGUGCAUGACAACAAGACCAGUGAGACCUACACCAAGAACGACGUCGAGAAUGGCGAGUUCCACGUCGAUCUCUACACGCUACCCGAUUCGCUCGUCAAGAUGCUGUGGGACUUCACAGCUUCCAAGACUGAGUUAUAAACAUUGGAGAUGGGAUCUUGGCCGAAGGUUGACCUGUUCUAGCAGAGCGACCCCCAAGAUCGGAUUCACCCCUCGCAUCUCCCAACCAUCUACCCGCCGUUCUUCGUCAUACCCGCUUCUUACCCAGCCAGCUGGCUUGUAAUGCGCCUCCUAUGGCUUCACCAUCUUCUUUCCGAACCGAUCUUUUCGUUGUCUAAAUUCGAUGGCAAAGCCGUCUCUCAGGUUUCCUUACGGAUGAUGUCUCACGUUCAGUCAUUUGAGCCAUGGAGUUUGGGCAAAAGCGGGAUGGAGGGACUGGGCGAUACGGAUAUCUAAGUUUUCAGCCUAACGAGUGGCUCCAUAGGCGGAAUGAUACUCCUCAGAUUUCUCAAUUCGUCUUAUACUUGC